UGCGCGUUCUCCAAACGAUAGAUCAGCUCGGAACCUCAGUCUUCCAGGCGCUAGAAGGACCUUGUGCAGAACACAGUGGUGUUCUGCACGGAUGAGGCUUGCCGAACGCUCACAAUGACAGGUUUAAACGGGUUGGACGUGUCGCGGUGAGAAUGAUCGAACGCGCAUGAGGCGCGGCAGGAGGUGUUCCGGAUUUUAGGACAGGUAGGAGGAGCCGGGUUUGGAUCUUUCAUAACUUUAGAACCUGUCUUGUGUUGCGCGGUCUUUUCUUUCCUUCUUUCUUCAUUUUCGAAAUCUGACUGCCGCCUGGGAGCGCCGUCUGCAAAAUGCCUCUCAACAACAUGCUUGACCUCAGUCUGUUGGACCUGGCACUUAUCUGCCACCCUAUCCUCGCACUUCUUCCACAUCUCUACUCUAAGACACAACCAAAAGCUUCCAGGAGACAGUACCUCGCCCUCUCCUUCCUCGCCCUCUUCGCUUUCCGCUACCACACAACCUCAAAUCCACCGCCGAUCCUCACCACCCCACUGGACACAGACCUAUGCCAAACCUACGACUUACCCAACCCAAUCGCCCACCUCUACCCCGGCAACGCAACCGGCACACUAAACGGCACAAUCAGCGUCCUCCCCAUCCCGCUUACCCUCGCCCGGCAACUCAUCCCCUCACAAUACACCAUCCUUACCUCCGCGUACCAACACCUCUUGCCUGAUUUCCCAGCAGACGCGUACCCCGCGAUUCUGCAAGCAGUACACGACCACGGAGUCCAAGCCUUCGGGUACAAAAUCCCAGACUUCACACGGGCCGGGAUCGAAUUCCCAUUUCUAGACAUGUUCGAUGACGGGACAUCAUUCAAAUGGGCGCCCUCGUUGCUCAUGACUGCAGGCCACGAAAUCGCACUAAAGGGCGCGAUGGACUACGGCACGCACACAUUCCCCGCGUCCUUCGACCCGGCGUGCGACGCGUACCGCUCCACCGGCGCACCGGGCACUACAUCUUUCUCCGCUACAUCCUUCUCCUCCAUCGCAUCAAUCUCCACCACUUUCGCCCCAGCUGAAGGAUGGACGUACCCCCUACAAUUCUACAAAAACAUCACCAACCAGCCCACCUUUGCAGACGGGAAGACGUGCGAUAACAUGAUCCGGCUGUUUAAUACUAGUGUUACGACGAGUAUUGAGACGGUGAGGGGGAGUGUGAGGGCCAAGAUACCGCCGUUUGAGAGGGAGGAGGUGUGGGAGGGUGUCGAGGGGAUCAGAUUAGAUUCGGCGUUUCUUGAGAACAAUUAUUUGAGUUGUGAGGGGUUUAGGGGGUAUGGGUCGUCGUAGUAGGUGGGAUGGCGAAAAGUUGAGUAUGGAGGUAGCGGCAUGGCAGGAGGUCAGACACGUAGUAGCAUUGUCACUUACGAUACCCAAUAGAGCAUGUGCUAACCGAACGUUUUGGACCACAAC